CCCGCGUCUCUAUGGUACAGCGCCCUCGGAGGCGGCCGCGGCGGUGGCGGUUGUGUUGAGGGAGAGUGGCACCAACUUUCCUGCUGGCCUGAGAGAAUUUGGAGGCGGAGGGUCGCGAUGUCAGAGAAAAAGCAGCCGGUAGACUUGGGUCUCCUGGAGGAGGACGACGAGUUCGAGGAGUUCCCUGCGGAAGACUGGACUGGUUUAGAUGAAGAUGAAGAUGCACAUGUCUGGGAGGAUAAUUGGGAUGAUGACAAUGUAGAGGAUGACUUCUCCAAUCAGUUACGAGCUGAACUAGAGAAACAUGGCUAUAAGAUGGAGACCUCAUAGUAUCCAGAAGAAGUCUUGAAGCAACCUAAAGUUGAACUGUUUACUAAAUUCUAGGACACAGAAUCCAGGAUGGGACACUUAAAAAAUGUUUAUUUCAUUUCUUGCUUGGCUUUAUUUUUGCUUUUGUAACACAGAAAAUAAAUGCUUUGAU